GUUCCUUCUGCAAUGUCAAACUUAAAUUUUUCCCAACUUUUGCUCGCACUUCUGCUUUUGGCUAGCACUUAUGUGCUGGCAUCGGAAAAAUGCAUUUAUUGUCGGGGUAUUAAUUGCCAGAGAAGUACCUAUGAGGCGGAGGAACAAUGCUCACAUCGAUUGGAUGCCUGCGUGACUGUCUUUAAUGAAGGGGCUAUUCAGGCGCAAGGAUGUCUGGAGAGGCUUGAGGAUGAUUGGAGAGAUAAAUGCCAUGAAAAUAAUAAAGGACAUGACGUUGCCUGCGAGAUCUGUGUAUCCGAAAAGUGCAACAAUGUGGGAUCCAAAAGAGGUAGCUGUCUUCAGUGUAAUAAUACAGAGGACGCGCAGUGUGCUGAGUCUCCUCAACUUCUGAAGGCUGUGCAAUGUCCUAUUGCCAGAUCGGGCAGAAGUUUUUGCUAUGCCAGUCUGGUAGGGAAUCGUUUGGAAAGAGGAUGUUCCCUCACCCUUUCAGAUCAAGUGAGUUGCCUGGCCAAUCCGAACUGUCACUUGUGCGAUCCUUUGGAACAAUGCCACUGCAAUGAUCAACUUGUAAAAACAGAUGAUUCACCAACAACUGAAGAUCCAAGUUCAAGUUCAACAACGGAAUCAACACCAAGCUCAACAAUCACAACAGAUUCAACAACAAUUACCUCAACUAGUUCUUCAACCAGUUCUUCAACCAGUUCUACAACUAGUUCAUCAACAGAAACUUCAACGACUGAGGAGAUUCCAACUACAACGUUCAAACCCAAUUCGGCUUUUGGCCUGCACGUUUCGUUCUUCCUGAUCUUUGCUCAAUUGGCCAUUUUUGCUUACAACCAACUUAAAUAGGCUUUCAUAUUUAAUUCCCACGACCUUCUCCAAACGCAAUCUAUGAACAACUUUUAUUAAACUAAUUUAUAUGAGAUUACCAUAAAUUGUUUGUCGCCAUUAUUGGCAAUCUUUUGAAAUUUAUAGCUGAGCUCCUGAGUUCGGGGAGGAGCUUUUUAUGUCAACGA